AUGGUGUCCAUAAGUGACUACGAGGUCGUUGAGGCGACGCUUCUGAGUGGCCAGCGUCGAACGCAGCUGCUCGGGGCACAGCCUUUGACCAAUCUGCCAUAUGUGGAUCGCGAGAUCUUCCACUUGGAGCUGUCCAAUCUUGAGGUCAACUCCUUGCACGAGAAGGUCGCAGCAUGUUUCAAGCACUACAUGUUCUGCGAGGGCUUUUCAGAGCGUAUGAAGUCCGAGAAAGCAGCGCGGCUUUGGACACAGUUGGCAGAGGACUACAAAACCAUGCCGCAUGGGCCGGGUGAUCAUUUCUUCAAGGUAAACGAUUCAGGCCUGCACGGUUUUUUCAUCAGAUAUUUCUUUUAUGUGAUGGUCGGACUUGACCCAGAAGACCCUGAAGUGAUGAAGACACUUCUCCCGGUGAUGAAGGGCGAUGUGCCGAUUGCUUUUGAGUAUUUGGUGCCUUUCGCGAAUUUGGGAAUUCUGAACGGCGCUAUCAAGCAGAUAGAUGAUAGGAUAUACAGCAGCCCAGCGCUUUCCGACUUCACCGAAGGUGAAGAGCGCUAUGGCAAGAUGUCCAAACUCGAGCUGGCAAGGCUAACAACCUGCAUUUUUAGAAUGGCCGCAAUUACUGGCACGUUUCAGUUGGCCAAGUCCAUCACUGGCGGAUUGAAGCUGCCACCGUAUAAGGAUAUGGACAAAAUCGACAUACCCGCCCUGUGGGACAAACUUGAUUUGAAGGAUGAUGUUGCCUUGAGGAACUUCUGCUACGAGGCCGCCCGCCUGCAUCCGCCCGUUAGCUCAGUUCAUCACGUCGCUACAGUGACUCGGCGGCCUUUCCAUCUGCUGUAA